AUGGUGAACCUGUUCAAGCGGAUGCGCAAGCUGAAGACUAUGCUCGACAUCCGAGUCGGCACCGGCGCCGCCAUCCUUCCCAGCGUGGUCUCGGCCUCGAAAGAAUUCCCCGCCGUCACCCGGCUGCACCUCACAUACGCACGCAAGAUCUACGGCGGCCAUCAAGGCGCGCGGCAUUUCUGGCGGCACUGCCUCCCGCGCCUGAAGUACCACAACCCGGGGGUGCGGAUGAGCGUUCAACAGACGGAUGAGCAGGACGGGCCGGCCGCACUGACGAUUUACUUCGCGGAGCGGGUGGCCGCGACAGCGACGGCGAUCGCGGGUGCGAAGCAGAUCACCGACAAGCACGCACCGGCGCCAGAGAGCGGCGAGAAGACCGCCGUCGUGAACAUCAAAAACCUUAGUUACCAGGAGAUCUGGAGCCGGGUGCAGGCGUCGACGGGUGCAGAGGAAGUCAAGGCGACGGCAGAGGAGCAGGAGGAGCUGAAGAAAUUGGAGGAGAUGAAGGUGAAGGCUGUGAAGGACCGGGAGCGUAUACAGGCCAUGCGGCAGGCCAAGAAGGACCAGGAGCGGAUGCUGGCUCAAGCCCGGGGUGAAGUGGAGCAGCUGAAGUCGACAUAA